GGCAAACCUCUCUGUGUUUCUCUCUUUCAGUCUCACUAUAUCAACGAGGGACAUAAAACCUGUCUGGCGAUUUACAUGGCACAAACCUGUAAUCAAUAAUAAACUAGAUUUUCAUUUCAGCCCACUUGAAGACAAUUCUUCAAAAUGCUUCAUUUUUUCAUCCUAAUGCUUAAUAUACCUCAGUGUACCUCAAAAAAUUCAGACAUCACAGUUCAGAAUCAUCUAAGGAUUGUUCAAGCUGGAGACAGUGUUAACUUCACAUGUAUUUUAUCAGGCGAAAUAAGAUCCAGCAUGGCUUGGGUCAGACAAAGAGUUGGAGAGAAACCCCUUCUGAUCGCUUCAAUAUAUCAAGCUUUAGAUGUCAAAUUUGAAAAUGAAUUUGACAAACGUAAACGAUUUUUUGUAACAAAAGAUGAUAGAAGUUUCAACCUGAGCAUCACAAACGCAGAAGAAUCAGACACUGCAACAUACUAUUGUGUUACAUAUGCAUUUAGUUUCAUAUUUGGAAAAGGAACUGAUCUCAUUGUUAAAGGUGGAGAACUGAGCAUCGACUCUGAUCAUCAGAGACCUGCGUUAGAUCCAGAUCAUCCAGAAGAGUCUGCAGUGGCCCUGCAGUGUGCCGUCGUCACUCAGAGCUGUGCAGGAGAACACAACGUCUACUGGUUCAGACACGAAUCUGGAGAAUCUCCUCCAGGAAUCAUUUACACUCAGGAGCGCAGGAACGGUCAAUGUGAGAGGAGCUCUGAUGGGAACUCUACCACACACAAAUGUAUCUACAACCUGCCCAAGAACAACCUCGGUCACUAUGAUGCUGGGAUUUACUACUGCGCUGUGGCCUCAUGUGGAGAAAUACUGUUUGGAGAUGGAAGAGAAGUUAAUUUGCCAGACAAAUGCUUUCAGACACAUUGGACUACAGCCGCUUUGAUUAUAAUAAUUUUGUCUGUGAUCGUGAUUAUAAUUAUGGCCACGCGGUUGUACAAGCACCGGAAAAAAGAUGAGAUGUAUAACACUCAGCACGGUCAGUUGAUGGCUGAUGAUGCAGACGCUUUGAAUUAUGCAGCUUUGAGCUUUCAACAAAAGCCCUCCACCUCUAGAAGACCCAGAGAAAGAAACUCACAAGAUAACUCAAUAUAUGCACAUGUAAGAUAACAAUGAGUAAAACUGACUUGCACAGUAUUCAGAGGUUUCUAUUCAGAAGCUGUAAAAGUUGUCAUUUUCCAGUGUCAGAUACCAAGACAUUUUAGGUUCAGUAUAUGAAUUAUGAGUUUAAUUGAAUUUUACUCAAGUAAGUUAGCCUCAAUCAUUGUCCUGAACAUUUAUGAAUUUAUCGUUUGAUCAUGAAUCAAAUAAUGUACUUGAUAAAUCACAAAAGAAAUGACUGUGUGAGACCUGUUGACUUUCUGUUGUGUUAAAUUGUGUUAAAUCCCUGUCCGUGGUACUGAAAUAACAUUAUUGUGUAAUAUUGCUUUUGUAAAGUAGGUAGCAUGAUUUCAUUAAUUACUAUCCAGAAAUGUAUGACAUGAUUGUUCACAAAGAUAUGACAAAGCCCAUUUGUAAUUCAUGUAUCUUCUAGAGCAUGUACAUUUUCCUUGUGCAAUAUAAUUAUUAAUUCAGUUACAGAUUGUACUAACAGAUCAUCUUAACCUUUGUCAUGUCCAUGUAGAUCAUGAGUCAAAAUAAUUUAUUUUUUAUGAAAGGAAGUAUAGCAAUUGUGUGUUUUAUAAUUGUCUUUUACCAUUAAGAAAAAAUUGUAAUAUUGUUAUACUGUGUCUUUUUACCUACAAACAAACAAAGAUGAGGUCAGAGGUUAUUGUCUAUGCGCAGGUAAUGAUUAUGCAGUUAAAUCUUGUAGUAAAUAUUGUGAAAAUAUUGUGAAUAUUGAUUGUUCUAAAUUUUUCAUAUUAGAACUAUUAAAAAAUAUGAUAAUGUUGCUGUAUUUUAGUACUAGACUAAGGCUAUUUGUCCCAUUUGCCCGACUUAAUAAUAUGCCAUUUUCAAUAACAUUUUUAUAUGUAGCAGCAAAUCUCAGAUGGUACGUGAUAUACUUCAAACAAGCAUUAAUUUGAGUCUUUGAAAAUGAAAUAUGUAUAUGCAAUUAUACAGGAAGACAUAAAUAUGGUAUGAUUGACAGAACAUGCACAUGAGCUCUCUCUGGUGGAGAAAUGAAGCA